CAGUAGCUCUGGCAGUGUCAUGUCUGCUGCAGCUGCUCUUUGACAGUCUGUGAGAUUAUCAUUUUUUGGCUCGGGCACCAUCGCUUUCUUCACUUCUGUCACAAAACUGAAUUAUUGUUGGACAUGGAUUUGGAAAAAGUGUAAUUACUCUUCUCUUCUUGAACAUACCAAAGCUUCAUUUGGCUUUCACACUUUGAAAAAUGUUCACUUAUAUAGACACAAUUCAAGCAGCAGAGCUUCCUCCUCCAUGUUUAUUUGUUCAUUGAGGUUCAUUAAGUUUCCAUCACCUUCAGCUUCCAUUAAGGUUCUGGUGCUUCAUCUAUUUGAAACUCUACAGCCUCAGGGCGAGCUGCUGAGGUAUGAUGACAUGGUUCUCCGAACGGUGGCUUUCUCACUCAGUCCAUUAUUCAUGUGAGACGAGCGCGGCUCUCGCUGGAGUGGCAGACUGCACUGUGCCGCAGAUUCCUGUAGGCGCCCUUCUCGCCAUGCGCUCUCUCCGGGUCGCAGCCUGACGCACUCGGGGAGGACGGUCCUCCGCUGUCACACCGCCGUGGGAGGGAGGGAGAGAGAGAAAGAGCGAGCGAGAGAGAGAGAGAGAGAGAGGAGAGAGAGAGGAAGAGGGCAAACUUUGCGUGAAUGUGGUUGAGACGCCUUCACCUUGGCAAACCGAACAUACCUUCGCAAAAAGAGCAGCGAGGAAUCCCCCCACAGGAGACACAGGGGCUGCAUCAUCUGAAGCCGUUCAUGCCGGAUAAAGUUUGUGAGCAGCGUGGUAGAGGAGAGAGGAUAAAAACGCGGCUGCGCACCUUUGGCUAAACUUAUUGGGAAGUCGCCCGUAACCGCCAACUGCAAUGGGCACCUUGCGCGACCUCCAGUACGCGCUCCAGGAGAAGAUUGAGGAGCUGCGCCAGCGGGACGCGCUCAUCGACGAGCUGGAACUGGAGCUCGAUCAGAAAGACGAGCUUAUACAGAGACUACAGAACGAGCUGGACAAAUACCGCUCUGUUAUCAAACCGGCAACCCAACAGGUCCACAAGCAGAGUGAGCUGCAUGAGCAGCAGCGGACGAAGAGGCAGGCUAUUUCAGCCGAACCCACUGCCUUCGACAUCCAGGAUCUUAGCCAUGUCACUCUACCUUUCUACCCCAAAAGCCCACAGUCCAAGGAUCUGAUCAAGGAGGCCAUCUUGGACAAUGACUUCAUGAAGAACCUGGAGCUGUCGCAGAUCCAGGAGAUCGUGGACUGCAUGUACCCUGUGGAGUAUGGAAAGGACAGCUGUAUCAUUAAGGAAGGCGAUGUGGGCUCACUGGUCUACGUCAUGGAAGAUGGGAAGGUGGAGGUGACGAAGGAGAGCCUGAAGCUCUGCACCAUGGGGCCAGGAAAGGUGUUUGGAGAGCUGGCUAUUCUCUACAACUGCACCAGGACUGCCACUGUCAAGACUCUAACAAAUGUGAAGCUGUGGGCCAUCGACCGACAAUGUUUUCAGACGAUCAUGAUGCGGACGGGUCUCAUCAAGCACACAGAGUAUAUGGAGUUUCUGAAAAGCGUCCCCACAUUCCACGGCCUGCAGGAAGAUAUUCUGAGCAAGCUCGCAGAUGUCCUUGAGGAGACACAUUAUGAAGAUGGAGAAUACAUCAUCAGACAGGGGGCCAGAGGAGACACCUUCUUCAUCAUCAGUAAAGGAAAGGUUAAUGUGACCAGGGAAGACUUGCCCAAUGGAGAGCCUGUCUACUUGCGCAGCCUCGGAAAAGGAGACUGGUUUGGAGAGAAAGCCCUGCAAGGGGAGGACAUCAGGACAGCCAACGUCAUUGCAGCAGAGGCAGUCACCUGUUUAGUCAUUGACAGAGAUUCAUUCAAGCACCUGAUUGGAGGUUUGGAGGAUGUGUCCAGCAAAGGCCACGAGGAUGCCGAUGCCAAAGCCAAGUACGAGGCAGAGAAUGCGUUUUUCUUCAGUCUUAACCUAGCUGACUUUAACAUCAUCGACACUCUGGGGGUUGGUGGCUUCGGUCGUGUCGAGCUGGUUCAGCUCAAGAGUGAUGAGAACAAAACCUUUGCCAUGAAGAUCCUGAAGAAGCGGCACAUUGUCGACACUAGACAGCAGGAGCACAUUCGUUCAGAGAAACUCAUCAUGCAGGAGGCCCACUCUGACUUCAUUGUGAGACUCUAUAGAACAUUUAAGGACAGCAAGUACCUCUACAUGUUGAUGGAAGCUUGUUUAGGAGGAGAGCUGUGGACCAUUCUUCGAGACCGGGGUUCGUUUGAGGACUCAACCACCAGGUUUUACACAGCUUGUGUGGUGGAGGCCUUCGCUUACCUGCAUUCCAAAGGAAUCAUCUACAGAGACCUCAAGCCAGAGAACCUUAUACUGGAUCACCGAGGCUAUGCCAAACUGGUCGACUUUGGCUUUGCCAAGAAGAUCGGGUUUGGGAAGAAGACAUGGACCUUCUGUGGGACACCGGAGUAUGUAGCACCAGAGAUCAUUCUUAACAAGGGCCACGACAUCUCAGCUGACUACUGGUCUCUAGGAAUCCUCAUGUUUGAACUCUUAACUGGCAGCCCUCCAUUCUCUGGCCCUGAUCCUAUGAAAACCUACAACAUCAUCCUGAGAGGCAUUGACAUGAUUGAAUUUCCAAAGAAAAUUACCAAAAAUGCUGCCAACCUAAUCAAAAAGCUAUGCAGGGAUAAUCCUUCUGAACGACUGGGAAACUUGAAAAAUGGUGUCAAAGACAUCCAAAAGCACAAAUGGUUUGAGGGCUUUAACUGGGAGGGCUUGAAGAAGGGGACAUUGACGCCUCCUAUUAUCCCUAAUGUCACAUCAGCAGUCGACACAAGUAACUUCGACAGCUUCCCAGAGGACAAUGAGGACCCGCCUCCCGAUGACAACUCCGGCUGGGAUGUUGAUUUUUGAAUUCCUCCUCUCAACUCAAAACCAAAAGAAACUCUUCUUUUGUUGGCUUGGAGGCCAUCAUGAGGACAUGGCUGUGUUGUAUAAAAAAACUGCUUUAAAAAAAAAGGAAAGAGAGCUUAUGGAAAAGAAGAUAAACAGAUGGAUGGCAAACCCUCUGGGUCACCGAUAUGCCUUUAUUUCACUGUGGCUCUGGAUCAAGCAUUUAUAAUGAGACUGCUGUAGCACUUCAGUGUUGUCUUACACUCUGCUCUAAAGGCAAAGGCAAAGAAAGUGCAGGGAUACACACAUAUACACACACAAUUGAACAGAGGCUGAUUAUGGAGCCAUGUUUUCCCAUGUAACAGGGAAAGCUGUUUAGCGGGUGGAUGAAUGUUUAACAGUCUGUCUAAGUUUUGGUUAUAGGAUAAAUAAGAGUAUGAAAAUGUGAUGAUGGACCACUCAAAACGAGAGGAGGUUGAUGAUUGAUUUAAUUUCUGUGUUUGUUUCUCCGCAAUAUUUGGUGAAAUAUUUGCCGAAUUUUAAGAGGGUAUAAGAUGUUACUGCAGUUGCUCCCUGGUUUUCGACAUGCAGCUGCUUGCUGCAAUCUCUGAUACUUUCCAGAGAUCUACACAUGACAGUUUGCAAGUAAAACUGGUAUCAAGUGCUCAAGACUAAUCUGAAUGUCACUGAUUAUCUUCUUAUUUAACAUCCUUAUGGCACACAGCAUGUACAGUACAUAGUAUUUGAAUUUACAAGUUACAUUCUCACACAUGAACACAACCAGGCGAAAAUCCAAUACUUAGUACACUUUAUAUAAGAUUAACCUACCUUGAAAAGCACAAGCACUGUGCAUUCAGUGGAAAAGAGACGUGACUUAAGUGCCCUGCUUAAAAUUUAAUGAAUCACACACCGACACAUGAAAUGUCAGCUAGUGUUUCCAGGAAGCAAUGUGUCAUUAUGCACUUAAGACCAUUUAACUGAGAAGAUCAGCAGUUAUAGCUAAUUUUAAGCUUCAGUAGAUGAAGUCACACUCGUUUUUUUUCUUUUCUUUUUCAUUCACGCAUAGGAAUGCUUCUAUACCUACGUACUUCUUAAUUUUUGUUUCAGAUCACCCAAAUGCCUCGUCCUCUGUUUGCUCCUGUAUAUUUCUGACAUAACUGUGAACAUGGUUUCAAUGUCUUUGGUGCUGUUCUUGAUAAAUUAUAAUAAUAAGCGAUGGUGAGGUGACAGUACUGGUUAUUGUUUUUGUAAAGUGAUUUAUUUUUUUUUGUGCUUGAUUUCUUUGAAACGUACGUGACUUCCUUCUUUAGAAAAUUGGAGACUUGUGUGAAUUUGUGAACUUAAGCGAAGAUUUGUUUGUUUGAUAUAUCACUUGACACCAUGUCAUAUUGUGCUAAGUGGUAUUCUCUAGGUUUUUAAAACAGGUUUUAAUCAUGUUAAAUAUCUCCGUAUGAUUUAACAACCCACUUCUUUGGAGGCAAAAUUCACCACAUUCACAUUAUCGUAAGACUUGACACCUUAUUGAAAAUGUCUCCUAUAGACAGGCGACGAAAGCUCACAACUCAACUUAUGAUCUCUCACCCAGCUCAUCACUUCUCAUGUCCAAAAGUCAGAGCAUAAAAUCAGAAGAAAUGUAAGUGCCUUAAAUCAAUGGCAUACAAAAUUAACAUCACAAGUCCUUUUCGAUGCUGCAUGAACACAUAUACACCUCAAAAACUUACAGUAUGUGUCCUCUGAGAUGGCUGCUUCUCAUCCUUUGUUAUAUCUAAUAAAUACAUUAAUCACAGUGGAAAGAGUAUUUCUAGUCCGUUUAUGAAUUUAUUCACAUACAAAACAUGUAUGUGAAUAGAUCUCCUGCUUAUCCUUUUGAUUAGUCUCACAGGGACAUUCAUUAAUAGUAAAAUUAUAAAAAAAUCUAUCAUACCUAUGGCUGUAAUGACAUGCUUUUCUCUACAUAUGGUCCGAUGAAGUCUACAGCAAGUGGCCUGAUGUAUACUGAAAAAUCUGAGGGACCAUCAGUCACCUGAAAUAGAAGCAUUUAGAGAUGGCAAGAAUGAUUUGCAGUUUUCGCAAACACAGGAACAAUAUUCUUCUCUUCAAGGGUAUGAUAGCAUUGAUCAUAAUGCUUCUUCAUCUGAAUUUCAUUUCAUAUUAUUUGGUUUUGAAUAAACCUGAACAGCUCAAAUCAUAUUUCAUUCCAGAAACAGACUGACACGCUGAAAUUUAUAUCAUGUAAAUCAUUAAAUAAUGUUGAAGGGGGGCUAAAUCUUACUUCCGUAGGCAUACCAUGAGUAUUUGACUGUAUUAAAAGCAGGAUAUGUUCAUCACAAAGCCUUAUGUAUGCCAUCACUUCAGAAACCACUGGUUUUGAGUCUUAUAUUGACCGCCUUCUGCAAUGUUACCUGAUAUUUGCCUUGUGUUAUGUUGUUUCUUCUGCUGUAAAUUGAUUUUGCAGAGUGCCACAUGUAAGAUUUUUAAAAAUUAUAAAGUAAAAACAAUA